AUGUCUUCGAAGCAAAUCCUUCUUUCAGAGAAUGUCCUACAACAGUAUGGAACCGGUGAGCUUGCUAUUCAAUUGAGCACGGCAAGCCCACAUCUCCUCAUUCUAAGUGCUCGAGCCGGGGACAGAAUCGGGCCUGUAGUUGAAAGAAUCAAAUCAGCCGCGCCCCAUGUAGCCACGCGAUUUCUCGAAAUGGACCUCGGAGAUAUGAGUAGUAUCGAAACUGCGAUUGCUAAUCUCCACGACAUCUCCAAGAUAGACCAUCUUGCGUGUGUUGCAGGUGUCAUGGUUCCUCCCUAUAGAACCACCAAGGAUGGAUUUGAAACCCAAUUCGGGGUGAACUAUUUAGGCCACUUUAUGUUAGUCGACUUGCUUCUGUCGAAAAUUAAGGAGGCUGGGAAUGGAUCGUCUAUCACCAUCGUUGCGAGUACUGCAGUACGGAUUGGAAAAGUUGACUUGGAAAACAUCAGAUCUACAGUGCGGUCUUCUUUCCCUCUUCGCGCUCGACCGCGUUGUGCUAAUUUAUUCCAGAAGGGCGAAACUUGCGAUUCUUUGAUGGCAUAUUGUCAAUCGAACGCCGCCCGAGUCAUGUUUGCGAAGGCUCUUGCAGAUAGGCUAGCAGGCCAUGGCAUUCGAGUUUUUAGCAUUGAUCCAGGCGCUGUCCAAACCGGUAUUCAGCGUCAUUUUACCCCAGAAUUUGGAAAAAGAGCUAGAAAUCUCGCACUGUCUAAAGAUCUAACUGAUAUUGAUGGCAAACCCUUUAAACUCCCGCCAAUAACAACGAAGUCUGAAGGGGCGGCAACUAUUAUUACGGGCAUGAUUGACCCUAGGAUUGGAGAAAAUAAUGGCGCAUUUCUUCAUGAUAAUGCAGUAGCCGAUGACGAAUUGCACAUCCAUAUCUUAGACAAGAAGAAUCAGGCGGAGCUUUGGAAGCUCACUGAACAGAUGAUCUCCGAAUCGCAGAGCAGAAAUUCGACCUUGAAUUAAAGUUUUCGGACGGAUUCUUCAUAAUACAACA